AUGGAGACAGCGUCGGGCCCGGCCUGAGCUCCGCUUCCUGCCGGUGCCUACGCCGCCGAUGUCCGGGCGGAAACAAGGCGAGGCGGGCCCCGCCGCGCCGCCCCCGCCGCGCUCAGAAGCUGUUUCCUGACGGGCGAGCGGCGCCGGGCACCGGCAGCCGGUGCGGAGGGGCCGGAGGCGCGGGGCAGCACUAAGAAAAUAGUUUCAAAGCCAUAAGUAUGGCCUUUGAAAGGAUAACACAAAAGGACUGGUACAAAAUCCUGGGUGCAAAGCCAUCCGACAGUCCAGGAGAACUAAAACGGAAGUACCAAAGACUUGCUUUGUUAUAUCAUCCAGACAAACAGAAGGCAGAUGUGCCAGCAGGAGAAGUGGAGGAGCGUGUGCAGAGGUUCAUCGAAAUUGAUCAAGCAUGGAAAAUUCUAGGGAACGAAGAGACAAAAAAGUAUGACCUGCAGCAGCGUGAAGAUAAUCUGACAAAAGAAUGGCCACUACAUGCACAGGUUUAUCUUGAGGAUAUGUCCUGGAAUGAAGAUGAACAAUGUUACACUCUUUCAUGCCGAUGUGGUGGGAAUUAUGCAGUCUCCGAGAGUGAAACCAAAGACGUAUCUUUGGUUUGUUGUGACACAUGUUCACUUGUUAUUGAAAUCCUUCAAUGAUUGUUCCAUCGCGCACAUUGAGUUACAAACUUUAAAAACGGUGGACAAACAGGACAGUGUCUGCUAAGAGAUGUAUGUUAAAGAAAAGGGGGAUGCUGCAAGAACAAGUUCAGGCAGGCAUUAAGAGAGGAAAUAUGCCUAUUUACUUAUUUACUAACAUAGCUCUGAGGACAUGUUGCUUGUUGUUUUUUGUUUUUUUUUCUUCUUUUUCAACUAAAGAGCAAUUUAGUAAAAAAGAACCAGAACAGAACGCUGUUUUGUACAACUGGACUGUAUCUCAUGAUCUAAGUGAUCUUUCUUUCCCAGCAAACAGCAAAGUAGCUUCUUUCAGUCUCUAUCAGCUGCAGGUUGGGCCCUACCUCUUAAGUUAAAUCCUUUGAAGGCUCAGGUGACAAAAUUUAAUCAGGAGGCAUACAUAUGAGAAUGUUUUGAACAUAAUGAGGAAUAAAGCACAUUAAUGGGAAAAAGGAACAUUUUCUUUCUGUGCUAAAUAUUUUAGUCACCUUUAAAAUCUUUAAAGGACUAAGCCUUAGAAAGAGGUGACAGAGUUGCAGAUCUAGCAGGCACUGUACCAAGUAGCAGGUACACUGCCCAUUCACUGUACUAUACAGUGCAUCUACAACUUUUCAAUUUGGACCAGCAGUACACUUUAGAAUUGACUCCAUCCAUCAUCUGAAUGAAUGCAGUCUUCAUUCCUUAGAUGAAAACUAACCAGGAAUUUGUGCUUUAACCCCUGCUGGAAAUAUACUGGCUCAAACUAGUUGAGGAAAACCUUACAAACCACAUUUGAGUAAAUGGACAGCAGAUCCUGAAGCCAGUUGUUACUCUUUUGUUUCAAUCCUAGUAUGCCACAAUACUUAUGAAUGUAGAUGUAACUUAUGUGUGUUUCUAGAUGUGUGAUAAUAGGGCAUUGCCUUCUUCAUCCCUUGUUGUCAGUCAGCGUAAACUUUGUUUUGUAAGAAAACGCAAUACUUCAAAUAAAUCCAAGCACUUACUGUGAAUAGCCAGAGGAAACGGAGUAAGAGGCAUAUCAUUUUUGAUGAUGACAGCAGUGUAUCAUUCCUGCUUUCAAGGUAGAUGUAAUCUCAGAAAGAGACAUCUUUGUCAAGUAAUACUCGUGUCUAUUCUAAACAAAAAUAAUUCCAGUUUAUUUCAGUAUAAAAUAAUAUGGAAGCUGGCAAUAGACACUUCAUUCUUUUAAUCAUCAAGAAAUCUAUGGCCAUUGGGGCUUGCACGUAGAAAUCCAAAGUCAUUCAGAGGCCAUAUCUGUAAAAUGAAGUAACAGGAAAUUUUAAUCCCAACCCGGAGUUCAAUAUUUUCAUUUGUUAGUGUUGUAAGCUUUUCAUAAACUGCACCAUUUUUCAUCUUUUUGAUUGGGAGGCUAUAGCACAAGGAUUGAAACUUUUUUCUUACAUAUGUUUUCUUUACUAGGAUUAAUAUAUAUAUAUGAGGAGGAAUCCUAAUUCUAUAGCAGCUGUAUGCAACACUAAUUUAUACAACAAAUAGUUCAGUGCAAACACUAAACCAUGGGGGGGAAAAAUAUCUAUGGAUUUAUAGGUAAGCUUCAAGUCUUCAAGUUAUGACAGAAGUUGACUCUGACUUGUUGGUUCAAACUGGCUAGUCCAAUUAGCGGCUGUUUCCUUUUGCCCUCUUUGGUUUGGCCUACAUAAAUCUGAUCUGAUCUGAUGGAUGGGGAAUAAAUGGGGCUAACUAGCUCUUUGAAGAUCUUGCUUGUCGGUCUAUUUUUGACACGAAGCAUAUGUCCAGGAAUGCAUAGAAUAUCCUACUAGGACAGGAUGAAGCAUGAGUUCUAUCACUGAGGGAAGUCCUCCCCUCAGUGGGGUUCUACUGAAUUUGCAGAUUCUUAUAUUUCAGAGGUCUUUUUAUGGUAUGAGCUUGGCUAUCUAAGUGGCAACUGAUGUGCUUGCAGGGAGAAAAGGGGGAAGUGUAUUCAAAUAUCAUUAUUUCAGUUUGGGUUAAAAACUGGUGCAACAACAUUGAGAAUUUUAGACCCAAACUUCACAGGUAAAUGUUAAUUCUUUCUGAAGUUUAUCUAUGUUUUGCCAAGAACAGAUUGCCUAAACAAAUGUAACACACAUUCUCUCGUGUUGAAAUCCCUUACUUCCAAGUUAGAUUGGCAACAACUCUCUUGUUAAUAAUAGGUCUCUGCAUCAGUUACUAAAAAUGUAAUUUAGGAUUCAAAGGCACUGUUGUAUCUGCUUCUCCUAACUCCAGUGUAAGAAAAACCAUAUAAGGUUUGAUUUUCAAGACAGUAGGAGAUUUUUCAUGAAAGAGAAGCCAAACCUCUAACAGACUACAUUUAAAAAAUGGUUUUGUUGGCCAGUGGUCUACUAGUUAACUACCCCCACAUAGAAAAGUUGUAUUCUGCAGCCUUUCAUUGUAAUGAUUGACAGCAACAUACAAUAGCUAGAUACUGUAAUCUGAUGUGAAUUAGCAUAAACAACUCAAACUGUAAACAGUCUUUUGAAGAAUAAAGUCAUUUUUUUGCUCUUGUAGGUACCAUAUCUCAUUAAAAAUGAGAUCUCAAAAAAAAGGUAAUUUUUUAAAUAACAUAAAUCUCAUUAAAAUGUUAAUAAUCACUAGCCUAUACAUCAUCAUAGAAUAACUGCUAUAAAAUAUGGUUUAGAAAAUUAUUUUGAUGAAGUAUCAACUGAUUGCAUACCAUCUUUUUAAACAGACAAUAUUCUAGAGUUCUAAAGUACUUCUUCAAUAUGUAACAUCUGUAGUGUAUGUAGUGUAAAUUCCAUUCAUUUUUAGAAGCUUAUAGCUUCCUCAGCUUAGAUGUCAGUCCUGUCAGUCACCUCAUUAAAGUCUUUAAAACAUCUUGCUUGGUAGAGCUGAAUGCAAAUCUACAGCUACAAUUCAGCUACAAGCUGAAUGCAAAUCUAUUACUGUGGAGGUAUACUGUGAAAAAUUAUGGCUGUCCACAUUCUUAGAUUAUUAAUAUAUACGUUAUUUGCUAACAGUUUCCUUAAAGUAGUAAACAGCAUUUUUCCAGUCCUAACCCAUCAAUUAGAGGUGGUGUUUUAGUUUUUGUUUAUUUUUAUGAUUAAUACCAGAUUCCAAUUAAAAGGGCUGUCAGUAUAUUAGCGUCAUCUGUAUUCUACCAGUUAAUAAUCCAAGCUAAAACUUGAAUCACAGAAACAGCUCUAUUUAGAAGCAGCAUUUUUUGCUCUGGUGUACAUGGUACGGCAAACAAUACAGAGAUGGAACAAGAAACCCUCAGUGAACACUAGGGUAGAAUUCAAAGCAAAUGCUAUCCAUAAAGAACAGAGGUCAGGAAAAACUUAGUGGUGGUAAGGGGGACAUAUUAUUUCAGGUUUAGUAAGCAAUUAGUGAUCAUGGUCAAGAGAUGCAAGAUUGCGUUUUGUUGUUGGUUGGUUGGUUGAUUUGAAAAGUCCUAAGUUGUGUUCCUAAAAACUAUUAACAGAUCUUUCUAAUUUAACAAAGUUUGUAUAUUUGAUCUCCUUUGUGCGUGUAAUACAGCUGUGCUAAAUUAAACUUAUGGUUGUGUUGCAAUAUAUGGAGAACAGUUUUCAAAACCAUUUUUCAUUGUUCUGAGUGUCUCCACUUCAGCUUUUGAAAAGCUGGAGCAUAACUCUAUAGUACAUUCUCCCUUGUUUCUUAGAUUAAACUUUUUAUGGAGACGAAGUUGUCUUAGCUUCUUCUUUUUAGUAAAUGAGUAAAUUAAUAAUGCAGAUAAUAUGAAAAGGUAAUUUAGUAUGAAAUAAAGCUGUAGAAUUAUUGAAACAGGAGGAGGAGCCAUGGAGGUUUAUAUAACAGCAUUAAUCAAAGCUUUUUUGUUUUAAUAAAGAAGUGGAGGACAAUUGCAGUAGCACAGAUUUGACUUUACCGUUAAGGAUUUUUCACACAUUAAAAAGCAGCAAGGCCAGUGCACACGUCUAAAUUGUGUUUGCAAGUCCUAGAACAAUAACAUUUUCUUCCAUCUUUGUUUUUUCCACUAUGGAACUGGAUUUCUCAAAUUACAACAACAGUGAAAUAUGAAGCUGCCCUUUUCUACCAUUUUGCAAAAGCAAGAAUCAAAGUAAGGAUGCAGUGUAUUUUUUAUGCAGCAGUUUGUGUGUGUGUCUAUGUUUGUAUAAGGUUUCAGUUCGCUUGCAAAAUAAUUCAGUUUUCAGAGGCAUUGACUGCUAAAAGAAUGGUUCUCAAGAAAAAAACAAAUUUUGCCUCAAAAAUUCUUACUAAACAUUGACCAAAAUAUUGUUGAAAUAUCAUUUUACGGAAGUGUCUGAUGUGUUUGAGCUCUCUUUCACAUUUGCUUUGGCUAGACAGUUAAGGCAGCAAAUGUUAAUGCCUCAUAUACAGGCAUUACAAAAGUAUUAAUGCAAAUAUUUUUGAUACUGUAAAUACCUUAAAACAAAUGCGUCCUCUUAUCAGUCCAUAAGGAACAGGUCCAUAGCACCUGGAAUCAGUAGAAUUCCUGAGAUUAUCACCUUCUAACCAAACGUGUCCUUUAGGCACCUAUGAUAAGCAGGAUUGAAAUUGAAAUGUAAAGGAAAACAGAAUAAAAUGGUAUUAAG